GACCGUGUGACAGCGUCAAGAGAGGGAGAGAGCGAAUGAGUAAACGUCAGAAGAGGAAAGAACGCGAAAGGAAGUCUGAGUUAAAUCAGAUUCUUUUUUCUCCUUACCACGUAUGUACAUACAUACGUGUAGAUUUUCCACAGUGUGUAAUGUUUCGGUGAGUCGAGUGUGUCAUCUCCUACGAGGGCAAGAGUAAAUGGAGAGCUGUCAGAUGCGGCGUGACGACGCAGUGAUCGUGACCGAAAGAUGGACAGAUUGCGACUACUGCCCGUGGAUUUACCUGCAAUCACUGUCAGUAGUACUGGAAACGUUAAAGGCAAGGCAUCUUUCGUUCGACGAUUGGCAAUAGGAUUUGUAAUUCUGGCUAUACUAGGCCUUUUAUAUGUGCCAGCAUACCACUCCGCUCAGAGUCCAUUCUUAGGCUUAGGUGAGACUCCAUCUCCUGCAGAACCUCUUGGCAGUUCACAUUCGAUAGCAUCCGUGGCACAAUUACCUGGAUGGUCGUACAAUACCUCAAGAGAUCUCUGUGCUUAUAUCCACCCGGAAAAUACUACAUCAAUUCUAAGUCCUACCAACAUUUGCUCACCGUCGCCGUAUUUGUUGAUAAUUAUAUGUUCGGCAGUCGCAAAUCACGAAGCUCGUGCUGCUAUCAGAAACACCUGGGCCAACAAAUAUAACUUAGAUCAUUUAUAUAAUUCUGCGGUGAAAAUAGCAUUUCUACUAGGACAAAGUGACAAUGACACACUCAAUAAUUUGAUCGUUGAGGAAAGUUCCCAGUACAAUGAUAUUGUACAAGAACGAUUUUUCGAUACAUACAAUAAUUUAACAUUGAAGUCAGUCAUGAUGCUGAAGUGGGUGACAUCGAAUUGCGAUCAAGCCAAGUAUCUGAUGAAAACGGACGACGAUAUGUUCGUGAAUAUUCCGUUGCUCCUACAAACAUUGCACUCAAGAACGCAAACUACCGAGACUCUGUUGGGUUCUCUUAUCUGUAACGCUAGACCAAUAUUAGAUCCUAAGAACAAGUGGUAUACACCAAAGUAUAUGUACCCGGAGAAAACAUAUCCGAAUUACUUGUCAGGCACGGGGUAUGUUAUGAGCACGAAUGUAGCGUCCAAGUUAUAUCAGGCGGCAUUGGUGACACCAUUACUGCAUUUAGAAGACGUUUACAUCACGGGUUUAUGCGCGAAGCGCGCAAAGAUCCGACCCGUCAAUCAUCCAGGAUUCAGUUACAUACCUCGUAAGAUAGAUCCCUGCGUACUCAGGAACGCCAUUACCACGCACAAAGUUAACGCGUCCAAUAUGUAUGUAAUUUGGGUGAAACUAAACGACACAAGCGUUACUUGCAGCAAUCACACUCGUAUCGACAGAAAGCCGCUAACAUUGAAUCGAAGCGGCAGGAAUGCUGGCUAUUAUGUUUUUAAGAGAAAAACUAUAAACCGGUGCAUUUAGAAUAUGUUUCGAUAUUGAUAAUGUGAUAUUGCUUUCAUGCAUUACACGAUUAAUUGCGUGAUACGAAUAUGUGGCGUAAAAGUAACGACCUUAAUUUUGUAAUUUCGAAAUUGACAAUGCUAGAGAAACACUAGCGAUUCUUUUAAGUAAUUACGUUUCUUCCUUAACUGCAAUGCAAAGAUAUUUUUUUGAAGGUGAUUGUAAUUAUUCGAAUAAUCUUUUCAAGCCACGUCUAGUAUACGCCAUUCACUUUUUGUCUUAUCGAGUUUCUGUUGGACGAGUCGAAUCGUUGAAUAUUGAGGAAAGACCUGAAGUUAAUGCAUCUCCCAUUCUAAUAUCAGGCUGUGUCUAUUUUUCAUUGUUAAUUUAUGAUUAAUAGUGAACUUUUAAGUUUCACAUAAGACUAUGGCUAAUUUAUACUGACAAUCUGACUGAUCGUCGGUUAGCGAUUUAUUGUCUCCCUCCAGAUCAUGGUUUUGCAUAUAAUGUAGACACAGAGUGACAGAGAAUUUAAUUGAUUAGAAUUAGCGUCAACUGAUAUUGGUCCUAUGAAUGGACAACCGGUCCUAUGAAUUUUUGGAAAGAGGAAUGAUCGUUCAGACGUUUAUCUGUCCUGAUUGAACAGAUGUUCAAGUGUGUCCGAAGGUGUUUUGUAUAUUUUUCUAUUUAGACCAAAGUAGUAUUUAAGGAUACGCUGUCAAUUAGAUCUUUUACAUGAUUUUACUUUUCUGCGUCUUUGCGUAAGGCACGAUUUAAUAACGAGAAAAUCUUCAACACAUGAUCUUCAAGAGACAAACGUUAUCGUGUUAUGAGCGAUUCAGUUAAACAUUUGGCUUAUCGCGUAUAUGACAUUUCCUAAUCACACGUUUGAAUAGAGUAUAUUUAAUUAUAAAAUAUUCUUCACGUGCAACAUAAUUUCAUUCCUAAAUGACUCAUCGUUGCGCAAUGUUACACACCUGAUGUGGUUUGUACACUUUUUUCUUGAUGCAACUUGGAACGCAGCCGAUGGUCUAAUGAGGGAACUUUAUUUUGAUUAAUUCCUAAAAACUAAGUUCUCUCAUCAGUUCUGUUCCAGACAUAAAAAAGAAGUGUUCAAAUUGUAUUGAAACCAAGUGUACAGAGAUUGAGAAUUGAACAGCUGUUAUCCGAACGUUACGGAAGAAAGAGGGGGAGAAUGGGAAUUUUCUCAUCUGACAUACAGAUAGUACCCAUAUAAUAUUGUUGCUUCCAGGUACUUAUGUAAAAUUAUUGAAGAAUGUAACAAAGUUGAGAGAUUUCCCCCAUCUCCCUUGAAAACUAUUAACCUACAUGUUUCAAAAUCUCUCGUAUAGCUUUGUUUCCUGAACAUGUACAAUAUAUAAACUAUAACUAUCAAAAAAUCACUUCCUGUAUGUGGUAACGUAAAAUGUAGAUUUGUUUUUUGUUUAAACAAACUACAAUGUUAAUGAUUUAAUCUCAGGUCUCUGACAUUGAUUUGCGGUCAGAUAAAAAAAAAUUAAUUUUUUUAUUGAUUGUAUUCGAAACAUUUGCGUUGAGUCUGCAUAUUACUGGUAAUAUGUAUUAGUGUUUGGUGAACUUUAAAACAAAAUCUUUAUUUUUAUAAUUUUUAUUUUUACCUUUUAUAUAUAUAUAUAUAUAUA